AUGGCUGCUUAUAUAAAUCGCACAAUUGGAUUUGGUGAUUCAUUAGUAACGUCUCGUAAUCCAUUAACAGAUGAACAAAUUUCUUCACCUUUACAGGUCUUUGGCCAAGCUAAAAAACAAAUCAAUAACAUAUUUGUUGAUAUUCAAGAUUAUGUGGCUGAUGCAUCUGAACGCAUGAUUGAUGUGAAUAAGAUAUGUCCUGAUGUGAUUGUUGAAAAUGAAUUAAAGUCUAUAUUGGAUUAUAGAUCUAAAGUCAAAGGAAUUUGUGAAGUGUUGACUCGUGAUCAUAUGAAAGUUGCGUUCUUUGGCAGAACAAGCAAUGGAAAGAGUACAGUUGUAAAUGCGAUGUUGGGUGAAAAAGUCCUUCCUAGCGGUAUUGGUCAUACAACUAAUUGUUUUCUGCAAGUUGAAGGGUCUCAAACUGGUGAUGCAUAUUUAGUUACCGAAGGUAGUAAUGAAAAACAGAAUGUAGAAUCUGUUACUCACUUAGCACAUGCAUUGAAUUAUGAAAAACAAUUGAAUGAAAAAGAAUUGGUACAUGUUUAUUGGCCAAAAGAUAAAUGUAGCUUACUUAGAGAUGAUGUAGCUUUAGUUGACUCUCCAGGAGUGGAUGUUACUCCACAUUUGGAUGAUUGGAUUGAUGCACAUUGUAUUGAUGCUGAUGUUUUUGUGUUAGUUGCUAAUGCCGAAUCCACACUAAUGGUUACUGAGAAGAAUUUCUUUCAUAAAGUAUCGACAAAAUUAUCUAAGCCAAAUAUUUUUAUAUUGAAUAACCGCUGGGAUGCAUCCGCUAAUGAACCAGAGUUCUUAGACCAGGUGCGUAAACAACACAUGGAGCGUGCUACAGAUUUUUUGGUAAAGGAGUUGAAAGUUUGCACACCAGAUGAGGCAGUGUCUCGUAUAUUUUUUAUUUCUGCUAAAGAAGUGUUACAGGCCCGUGUAAAAGAGCGCAAUGGCCAAGCUUUAAAUAGCGGAGCAUUAGCUGAAGGUUUUAGUGCUAGAUAUAUGGAGUUUGAAGAAUUUGAACGUAGAUUUGAGGAGUGUAUCUCAAAAUCUGCAAUCAAGACUAAGUUUUUAAAUCAUUCACAGCAGGGAAAACAUUUAGUCAAAGAAAUGUAUAAGAUUAUGGAAACAAUUUACAAUAGAAGUCAAGAACAAACACAUUCAAAAAUGUGUCAAAAAAAAGAAUUUCAAGAAAAAUUGAAUUUUACAGAACAACAGCUUAUAUGUAUAACAAAUCAAAUGAAAAUGAAAAUCCAUCAGAUGGUUGAUGAUGUGGAGGAUAAAGUGUCUAAAGCCCUUAAUGAUGAAAUUCGCAGAUUAUCGGUUUUAGUUGACGAAUUCAAUUUACCAUUUCAUCCAGAAACAUUAGUUUUAAAUGUUUAUAAAAAAGAACUUCAUAGCCAUGUAGAAUCAGGGCUUGGUAGCAAUUUGCGAGCUAAACUAUCUACCGCAUUGGCUAUGAAUAUAGAUCAAAGUCAAAGAGAAAUGAUUGAUAAAAUGUCAACGCUAUUGCCAGAAGAUAAACGAAACAUCAAUGUAACAAAUCCCAAACGUGAACCAUUUGAAGUUUUGUAUCGUUUACAUUGUGAUAAUCUAUGUGGUGAUUUCCACGAACAGCUUGAAUUCAAAUUCUCUUGGGGCCUAUCCAAAUUAAUUACCCGUGUUUCAUCAUUAGCCAAUUGGUCACGUAAUCAAUCAAGGGUUCUAAUAUCCCCAUCUCACAAUCCAUCAACCAGUGCUGUUGAUGGUUCAUUUAGUGGCUUUGAUAAUAGUUUAGCUGUGGAACAAAAUUUAUCCAUGAUAUCUCGUGUUGUGGCUGCGUCUGUGGGUACUCAAGGUACCGUGGGAGGACUCGUUUUAGCAGGAUUUAUGCUUAAAACAGUUGGAUGGCGUUUGAUUGUAGCUGCUGGUGCUGUUUAUGGGGUCCUUUAUUUAUAUGAGCGUUUGUCUUGGACAACAAAGGCAAAAGAACGAGAAUUCAAAAGACAAUAUGUUGAUCAUGCUACUGCCAAGCUUCGUUUGAUUGUUGAUCUAACAUCUGCAAAUUGUAGCCAUCAAGUACAACAGGAACUUUCAACUACUUUUGCACGAUUAUGCCAAUUAGUUGAUGAAUCUGCUACUAAUCUAAAUGAUGAAAUGAAAAAUUUGGAUCGAGAACUGAACAUGUUAACUAAGUCAACUGAAAUUGCAAAGAUUUUAAGAAACAAAGCAGAAUUGUUGAAAGUAGAGUUGAAGCAAUUUGAUGAUACUUUUCUAUGUGUAAAAAACUAG